AUGGGUCGCAGGAGGGCCCGCCUGUGGGCGCUUUUCCAGUGCUGCAUCCCCAAGGCAAAGGCCAAGACAAGGAAGAACUUGGCCUCGGCCCAAGUCCUGGAAGCAGAGCGGCCUGAGGUGAGAGCAGCCGGGGGCUGGGCCCGUCGGAUUGGCCUUCACGCGGCGAAGCAUCGACCCCAGCAGGUUGACCUUGUAAGUGGUUGUGCAGGGGCUGCGUGGAGGACGGGCGGGGGCCCCACAAGAAGGGAAACACUGUCUGGAGGAGUCACUGGGGCACGUGGAUUGAGCUAUAGAGAGUUGGCAACAUCUACGGAAGAAGUCAAUAUAUGCCGGGAACAGCUUCUUGCAAGAGAAGAAGAAAUAGCUCUGCUGAAAGCAGAGAGGAAUAACAUCAUGCUGCUGCUGGAGCACCUGGAGUUCCUGGUUUCCCGGUAUACACCGUCCCUCCAGACGACGGCGGGCAAGUGGCAGGCGCAGUCCCCAGCCGGCAUGACCAGCGAGCUGGAGGUGAUCAAGUCACUGAAAUCACUCUUUGAGCACCACAAGGCCCUGGACAAGAAGGUACCACCGCGUAUUAGGGUGACACUUGAAAGGUGUAGUUUGUUAGAAGAAUUAGGUGCCACACAUAACAAACUGAUGAUUCUUAAAGAGAAGAAUAACCUGAAAAAGAUACUAAUGGAUGGGGUGCUUGAUGUAAAUCACAAGCAAGAAAACAUGCCAAGCGCCAAUGGAAAGAGAACCCGCGACGAAGACCUGGCUCCGGUGAUCGAGCUCAAGGAAAUCAUCAAGAAGAAGUCACGGGAGCAGAGAGAGAUGAAGGACCGCCUGGCAGCCCUCUCUGCCCACGUAACAGAGCUGGAGAAGGACCUGGACACGGCCAGGAAGGACCUCCUCAAGUCCAAGGAAGUAAACGUGAAACUACAGCAGGACGUCCGUGAAGCUAUGGCCCAAAAGGAGGACAUGGAGAAGAGAAUCACUACACUUGAGAAACGCUACCUCGCUGCACAGCGCAAAGCCAUCUCUGUGCACAACCUCGAUGAUAAACUUGAAAAUGAAAUCGCAAAUAAGGAUUCUAUGCAUCGACAGAAGGAGGAUAAAGACCGACAGCUGCAGCUGUGCCUGGAGCUGGCAGAGCAGAAGCUGCAGCAGAUGCUGACAGAAGUGGUGGCUGAGCUGGCUCAGCGGGGAGCUGCACUCUCCAAGGCGGGAGAGAGACACAGCAGCAUGGAGGAGAGGGGCGUGUGGGCCGGAGACGCGGCUGGGCGGGGCCGGCGCUGCCUUUCUCCGCCGCUCCUGUCUCUGCCGUCCAGUGUGCAGCCCCUGAAAGAUCAGGACCGGGAGCGCGGGCAGCAAGCCAGCGUGCUGGCCAACGUGGGCCAGGUGUUCAAGAGUGACAAGGGCGUGUCAGACGGCAUGGGCGACCGGGUCACCCUCUUCAGCACGCCCGCUCUGCUGUCGCCCAGCGGCCAGGCCGAUGCCAAGACUCCGGCCGGGAGGAUUCAGAAGCAGCUGGACAGGAUCAACGAAGAAAGCUGGUUGAUCCAAAAAGACAAGGAGAACACGGAUCAGCGGGCGGAGGGGAUUGAGAGCAGGGUGGGCAGUGGGAGCUUCAGCAACCUUCGGCGCUUUAAAUCCUCCGACUCCCUCAACCUGGAUUUCGCCUCCUCGCAUGCCGGCUCCUUCCCGCCCAGCAGAGGGCGCUCCAUGCCCGAAAGGAGGCAGCCCAGCCCUGAGCAAGAAGAAGACAAGCUGGGCUUCAUGACUCUGCCUAGUGAUUUAAGGAAGCAUUGUCGAAAGCUGCCAGCCAUACAGGAAGAGGUAGAAGAUGACACCAUCAAAUGUGAAACCUCGACCUCCGCCUCGCUGCGGUCCUUUCGGCUGGACCGGCUCACGGGCUCACUGCACACAGCCAGCGAUGAGGAUAUCAGGGACGCCCGCAACGCGACAGGCUCUCAGGACGGUCUCGGGAGCAACCCCAGCAACAGCAACAGCAGCCAGGACUCGCUGCAGAAAGCCCCAAAGAAGAAGGGCAUCAAGUCCUCCAUCGGUCGUUGGUUUGGCAAGAAGGGAAAGGGCCGGCCUGGACACACCAGCAAGGAGGCGUUAGGACCAGGUGGGUGCUUCACCGUUCAGAGGGAGGAGGGUCUGCGUGUAUGUCCCUUCUGUGUCUCCCCCACUGUCCCCACGAGGCUGCUGUCACUCACGCUGGGUGUCCUCCUGGGAGGAGCGGAGGAGGCGUCUGUCUUCUCUAGGGUCCGAGAUGAUCAGAUCAGUUGA